AGAAGGACCCCUUUAAGCUAUUUAUUAUCAACACUUUCUCUUGAUUUAUUUUCAUUUUGAACAUCAAGGUAACCAUGAAGGGUCUAAUUUAUCUUUGUGUUUUAGCUUUUCUCUCUAUUGUUGCUUCAGCCGAGAACACUUCUGGUGGAACUGCCGAUGGAUCGGAAGCAUGGGGGUACAUUGAAGUUCGCCCUGGGGCACAUAUGUUUUGGUGGCUAUACAAGAGCCCUAGUCGAGUCAAAGAUCCGUCCAAACCAUGGCCGACGAUUCUAUGGCUCCAAGGAGGCCCUGGAGGUUCUGGAGUUGGUUUUGGAAAUUUUGGAGAAAUUGGACCACUGGAUGUUAACUUGAAGCCAAGAAACUCAACAUGGCUUCAGAAGGCUGAUCUCUUGUUUGUGGAUGGUCCAGUGGGAACAGGAUAUAGUUACGUUGACGAUAACAGCUUGUUUGUACAAACCGAUGUAGAAGCAGCAACGGACUUGACUACAUUGUUGAAAGAACUCUACAAUGUAAACACCGCCCUUCAAAACAGUCCACUUUACGUUUUUGCAGAGUCGUAUGGAGGAAAAUUUGCAGUAACCCUUGGAGUGUCUGCCCUUCAAGCUAUUGAAAAAGGGGAACUCAAGCUUCAACUUGGAGGUGUUGCUUUGGGUGAUAGUUGGAUUUCCCCUGAAGACUUUGUGCUUUCAUGGGGUCCAUUGCUCAAAGAUGUAUCAAGAAUUGAUGAUGUUGGUUUAAGCAAAUCAAAUAGUUUAGCUCUACAGAUUCAGAAGCAGAUAGCUGAUGGUCAGUAUACAGCCGCAACUGAGUCAUGGGGUGACCUUGAAGGUCUUAUUUCUGUUCACAGCAACAAUGUGGAUUUCUACAACUUCAUGUUGGAUGAGGAUAAUGAUCCCAAUAUUGCAACAACAAACACAUUAAGGCGAUUGGGAAAAAAGAAUUACCGUGUUCUCUUGGAUGCGGAUACAGUUGACCUUGACACAUUAAUGAAUGGCCCGAUCAAACAGAAGCUUAAGAUUAUUCCAGCGAAUGUAACAUGGGGAGGACAAUCUGGCUAUGUAUUUUCAAGCAUGGUAAACGAUUUCAUGAGGCCAAGAAUUGCAGAGGUUGAUGAGCUUUUGUCAAAGGGAGUAAACGUGACAGUAUACAACGGUCAGAUUGAUCUGAUAUGUGCAACCAAGGGAACAGAAGCAUGGAUAAAUAAACUCAAGUGGGAUGGUUUAUCUGCAUACUUAAACUUAGACCGCACACCACUAUACUGCCGUGAAGAUGGUGUUGGCACGAAAGCAUUUUUAAGGUCGUAUAAGAACUUUGCCUUUUAUUGGAUUCUUGGUGCUGGCCAUUUCGUUCCGGUGGAUCAGCCUUGUGUUUCUCUAAAGAUGGUGGGAAGUGUAGUGAACUCACCAGCAUAACCAAAUUAAUCUACUUUUAAUGAAAAUUUAGUUUAAUAUCAUCAUAUUCGUAUUUUUUUGGUCACAGUUUGUUCGAUUAGAUAAGCAACAACUAUGUCAAUCUUUUUCUUUGAGCAGCCAUUGAUUGUCUGAUACAUUUCCGAAUCCAUCUGAGAAACUACAAAUGAUAAAAAUACUAUCUACUUAUAAUUGUUUGACUAAGGUUUCUGUUGAUUUCA